AUGAAGCAGCAAGCUGACAAGAAGCAUUCGUUCCGGGUGUUUGAAGUGGGCGAUCUUGUCUACUUGAAGCUACAGCCGUAUAUUCAGACUUCUGUCGCCCCGCGGGCUUGUCACAAGCUCUCCUUUCGGUUCUUCGGCCCUUACAAGAUCAUCGCUCGAGUGAAUGAUGUUGCCUACAAGCUGCUUCUGCCGAAGCAUGCACAAGUGCACCCGGUCUUUCAUGUGUCACAACUCCGAAAGGCUCUUGUUCCAGGUAUGGAGGUUUCUGAAGAUCUUCCUGUUCAUUCUAACAUUCCUGUUGUACCUGUGAAGAUGCUCGAGCAGCGCUGGCGACGUCGAAGGGGGGCCAUGGUGGAGCAAGUCCUUGUUCGUUGGUCCAACCCAGCAGUGGUGCCUGAUUCAUGGGAGGACCAUGCAGCGCUCCAAGCUCGAUUCCCAGCGGCUGAGGCUUGGGGGCAAGCCUCGACACAAGAAAGGGGGGAUGUCAGCACCCCUGGCCCACAUGGCAGUGACGACCAGCGCUCGCCUAUGCUUCCCAGGCCGGUGCGGGCUCGCAAGGCCAACAUGAGAGUAGUUGGGCCCGAGUGGGUGUAA